UUACAGAUAACUGCCUGUUACUGAGCAGGUGCAGAUGGCAUUAUACACACACACACAGAGAAGAGUAGAAGUGGGCCCAACACAGGAGCAGCAGGCAUGUCCGAGGAGAUCAGCAGCCCACAGGACAGCCGGCUCACCACAUCUUAGUAGCGGCCACUUCACCCCCCGUUCCUUCCAUGUGGGGAUGUGCAGACCUGUAAACCAUCUUUGUCUGUUACCCAAGUGACUGUAACCAGCCUGGUGAACCACAAAGAUAAGCAAUAUCUGGCUGGAUCUUUCUUCACCACCUGUCACUGCAAACCUCAGCAAUGUCGAUCCUUUCCGGCAAGAUUUCAUGGCUGGCAUUCAACCUUGGCAUUCUUAUUGGCUUCUUUACCAUAUUUCUCCUGCUGCACAACAUCACCAACAGUGUCAGAAUGAAGGCACCUGUAGCCAUUCGCUCGUGGAAAAAAAUUGAGGACAUGUCUCUGCUGGACAAGCUUCCUCAUAUUCACCAGCCAGGUAGCAGCAAAGUCAGCGAUGAUCUUUCACACAAAGUCAGAAUACUUUGCUGGAUCAUGACUGGACCAAAGAAUUUGGAUACCAAAGCCAUCCAUCUCAAGUACUCUUGGGCUCGUCAUUGCAAUGUUGCCGUUUUUAUGAGUUCCACCACCAAUGACACUUUUCCUACCAUUGGUUUAGGCACCAAGGAAGGGCGAGAUCAGCUUUACUGGAAGACCAUUCGAGCUUUUCAAUACGUACACAAGAACUACUUUGACCAAGCAGAUUGGUUUUUUAAAGCAGAUGAUGACACAUAUGUCGUGGUGGAAAAUUUGCGGUGGAUGCUCUCAAAUUAUACUUCAGACCAGCCGGUGUAUUUUGGGAAACGCUUCAAACCAUAUGCUAAACAAGGCUACAUGAGUGGUGGGGCUGGGUAUGUACUUAGUAAGGAAGCUCUUAACAGAUUUGUGGAAGGAUUCCGUACUGGAGUUUGCCAGCACACCACAUCUGUGGAGGACCUAGCGCUGGGUCAGUGCAUGGAAAAAAUGGGAGUUAUAGCUGGAGACUCUAGGGACACUGAAAAAAGGGAAACCUUUCAUCCAUUUCCACCGGAAUCCCAUCUUACACAACAUUUUGACAAAAGUUGGUGGUAUUGGAACUACUGUUUCUAUCCCAUUGUGGAGGGUCCCCAGUGCUGCUCGGACCUCGCUAUAUCAUUUCAUUACGUUGACCCCGUGCUGAUGCACAUGCUGGAGUACUAUGUAUACCACUUGAGAGCAUAUGGAUACGAGUAUCGCUACCAGCCACCAUUAUCAGAGGUUGCACAACAUCUUCCAGUGCACUAUGAGGAGAGGCCUUCAAAAGACGUGAAACCAAUGGCUACAAAUGAAACCAGUACACUGUAGGCUGGCCGUGUCAUCUCUUCAUAGGAAUCUUUUGAGACUCAAUCUAGAAAGCUGGCUGAUGUUUUCCUCUCAAAGGCAUUUUUGUUAUACAUAUGAGUGGAGUACAGCAUAUUUUCCUUGAAAGGUUUUAAACCUGUAAAAUGGAAAUCUACUGUACAUGUCAUACAUUCAAUGAAACUAGACUCUAAGAUGGACAACUUAUAAAGCUAAUAUAAAAAUUGGAUUACGUAACUUUGUGUGAUACGGAAAUAUGUCACCAUGGUAUUUCUGCAUUGGAAACUUAAUGCGUUACUGUCAUUUAGGGCAUGUUCACAUGCCUCCAUAGACUUACAAGAGAAAUCUUAAACAUAAUCCAUACAUGCAAGAUAAUAACUAUAAUACACUGAUGCUAGACUUAAACCCAUUAACAUUUGUAUAAUGACUGCUGAGGUCUUUAAAGAGGUACUCCACCCCUAGACAUCUUAGACCCGAUCCAAAAGAUAGGGGAUAAGAUGUCUGAUCGCAGGGGGUCCCGCCGCUGGGCACCUCUGCAAUCUUGGCUGCGACACCCCAGACAUCCGGUGCACGGAGCGAACUUCACUCCGUGCCAGGUGACUGACAAUGUGGGGCGGAGGCUUGUGAUGUCCCAGUCACGCCCCGCUCUUGAUGAUACGGCCAUGCAUCCUCAAUGCAAGUCUAUGGGUGGGGGCGUGACGGGCAUCAUGCCCCCUCCCAUAGACUUACAUUGAGGGGGCAUGGCCGUGACAUCAAGAUUGGGGCAUGACUGUGACAUCACAAGCCUCCAGCACUCCAGCACUGCACCCAAUACUCUAAAUGAACACCGGGUGCUGGAGGGAGAUCGCUGGGAUCCCCAACGACGGGACCCCACGAUCAGACAUCUUAUUCCCUAUACUUUGAAUAGGGGAUAAGAUAUCUAGGGGCGGAGUACCCCUUUAAGUGACAACAUUGGGAGCCAUAACACCCCAAACUGUGCCUUAUUAUCAUUAUGAAAUGCACCUUAUUCCAUGUAACCAGCAAGUGCUACAUUUUGCAUAAGUGAACUAUGCAGCCUCAGUACAGACAAAACAAAGACGAUGACACAGCGUUUUUGGAUAUGUAUAUUUAAGUCUAAAGCACUUGUAUUAUGUAAAAAAUACUCAUAUUUUACAUUCAUAAUGUGUUGCCCAUUGAUUCAAAGGGAAUUGCUCAGCGACAAUUCACGUUCUAAAUGCUUUCUAUUUACAAUUGGCAAUAGCUACGCGGACAAGACGGUGUUAUGUCAGUGGAGAGACCCCUAGGGGUAAGAAGUAUGGAGCAUUUUUUUUUACCCAAAAAUAUAAAUUUUGACUCAAUGUAUAUUACAAAUAUACAUAUAAUGUUAUUAUCUACAUUAUAUGAAAAGUUUUUGCAGAAGACAGUGCUUGUUAAAAAAAAAAACCUUAUUAAUGAAAAAAAAUUAAAAAUAUCCGAAGCAUCUCUGCCUUGAAAUGCACAUAUUCCUUUUAUACUGUAUGGACGUAGUCUAAAGGUGUCUGCUUUCUAUACCAUAGUAUGGAGAGUUAUAUUUAAGGAAUUUUCAUCUUAUGUUAUUAUGUAACCCUUUAACAGUUACAAAAACACUAUAGGUAAAACUUUAAUCUAUCAGACAUUUAUGGCAUUUCCUGUGGCUAGAUCAUAAAUGGUUAAGAUGGAAAUAGCCAUUUAGAUAUAUUAGCCCUUUUGCAUCCGGUUAAAACAUUUUUUUUCUUGUUUGCUUUUUUUUUUUUACAGUAAGUAAACAUGUCAGCUUCCUUUUGACAGAUCCACUUGUAUAUAAGUUUGUAGCCAUUUUUAAACUCACCUUUUUUUUAAAUCUUUUUUUUUAUAGUUAUUAAAAGUUAAUUUAAAGUUUAAAAAAAAUAAAAUCAGAUGCCAAACAGGAUGGUUUAACCCGAUGUAACAGGGUACCUAUCCUGCAGAAUCUUGUUGCCUUAACCCAUGUUCACAUUGCUGUCAGACUCCACUAUUCAGAGUUCCGUCGGCAAUCCGGCCAGAAGUAUGGGAGUUUAGCAGAGAAAAAAAUAGUGCAAGCUCUAUUUUUUUUCCUCCGCUAAAACCCUGUAAAAUUACCGGGUCAAUGACAGACCCCAUGUAAGUUAAUGGGGGCUAUCGGGACCCGACAGUAGCCGUUUCAGAGUCCGAUUGGCUCAAAAAAAAAAAAAGGUUGGAUGCAAGCCUGUGUGUGAACCUAGCCUUAGACUUGCAUUGUACAAAAAUGAGCAGGCUCUGCUUGUAUAUCCUGUUAAAAAAGAACCCUGACAGAAACUGGUCAUACAGACAUGGUCAUACAAACUAUGUAGCAUAUUUGAGGCCUUGUUUUUACAGGACAAUUUAUAUUUUUAUAGAAAUUAUUUUUAGGUAAAUAUAUGAUGUUAUUUAAUUUAGGUACCUUUCUAGUAGGGGGAAUUCACAAAAAAACAAAAACAAAAAAACAAUUGAACCAUUGUUUUUGUUAUUUUUUUUCUCAUGUUGUUUUCCAUUAAAAUUAAUAAAUGACAUAACUUUAGUAUAUGGGUCAAGAUGAGUGUGGGUAUUUAAUAUGCACAUGUUUUAUAUGU